AUGAUUAGUGUAACCGUUGCUGCACACGGCAGAACGAAACGGGUGGUUGGGGCUCAUUUGAGAGCUUAUGGAAGUGCGCGACUUUCAAUAUGUGAUUUGAAGAAAGAGCAAGUCACAACUAAAACCACUGUUGAUAACCGAUGGAAAGUCGUGAAAUUUUUUGGAAAAUUGGUUGAAGCGCUAUUAGUUUUCCUUCGUUUCUGCCUCCCAUUCUUAUUUUCGUCGACGUCCCGUCAAUUUCAUGCGACAGCGUUGCCGAAACGCAUUCCACAAUCAUUAUUCGGUUUAUCUCCAAUCAAUCAACUGGACGAUGAAACUUUGUUUCGGAUUUUUGAACACCUUGAUCCAAUAUCGGUUAUUGCUUGUGAGAUGGUUUGCCAAAGAUGGAAUGCUAUCAUCAACGAUAAUGUUCAUUAUUUACCAAAAAUGCGAACAGAUCAAAUCCGAGUUCUUUUUGAUGAAGGAGAAGUGGUUGUGUAUCCACUUGACGAAAAGAAAUGCCCGACAAGAUAUCCGAUGCCUUCUCUACAGAUUCUGGGUAUUCGUUUGCGUCACUUGACCACACAGUCCUUGUUUGUUCGUGGCCUGAUUCCUGUAGAGUCAAUUCCUGUGCUCAAUCUUCUCAAGAGUCUCUGCCUUUUACCACAGCAAAUUUAUUUCAUAUGGAGUAAAUUUUGUCCAGAUAGCAUUAUUUUGCUGGAAGAGUUUGUGCAUCAAAAUUCGGAUACGGUAUGCGACUUUGGACUCGAAGAAUGUUCUCCAGCGCAUUUGUUAACCGACAAGUUAUUGGCGCCAAUAGCGCACAAUUUGACUUCUCUUCGCCUUUGGAACAACGGAAAAGGAUCUCAUUACGCGAUCACCGACGAAACACUUCUUGUGAUGGCCGAUUCAAUUGCUUCCGGAAUUCCUGUGGAAACUAUCGACCUUGCAACAUGCAUAAUAUCGAGCGAAAUUGCUUGCAAUGUAGUUGAAGCUUGGAUUUCAAAGCCGACUUCAGAUUUGAUAUUUUCUCUCAACAACUGCGGCCCGGUGGAAAGAUCAUCGCUUCUUGAGCAGCUCGCCGAAAUGAAUAUUUUUACGGACGCUGAGAAUCGCAUAAGAUGCGGUGGAUUCACACUCACACUUUUCUGUUCAUAA